GGACGGAGCCGAGCGCGGCCGAGAUCGCACGAACGCGAGCUCCUGAGCGAAAUGAACAUGUGAACAUAGACGCGCUCGACAGUACGCGGACAGUGUGGUGAGUGAACGUUGUCGCGCCGGGUUCGCCGAUUUCGUCGAUUUUUUUGCCCAGCUGUCAAGCCGUAGGCGCCCUACUCUCACGGCUGUGAAAGCGGUGCUUCGUGAGUGAACGCCCCUAUAGCAUAAUAUAACCUCUUUGUCUCGCUCUCUUUCGAAGACGCGAGCUUGUCUCUCUUGCACAUUCGUCGUCAACCUUUCUCUCUCGUUCUCAUACACACAUUCUCUCUAUCUUCGCCGCGCGUUUGAUUCGCGUGUACGUCUCUUUCUCUCGGCACGAUACGCUCGAUAAUAGUCUAACUCGCAGACAACGACGGUGACGUUCGUCGCGACACUGACGUUUUUGCUUUCAAUCGCCCGCGUCGCGUGUGCGCAACCAGUUGCGUGUUGCGUAAUCAUUUUACGACAGCCCGUCUCGUGGGUGCAUCGGCCCUGCUCCCCUCCCCACGUUCGCCCACCCGCCGAAGAGUUUGGUGCUCUACGAUCCUUGGAAUCUGACGUUUGGAGUGCACAACUUUACUGCAGCAUCCUGCGGAACACGUGGUAGCGCGGUGGACGCGCGGCCAAAGAGGCGGAUGUGCCCGUUGACGAUGGCGGCGGGAACGUGCCAAUUUGCCUGAGGAGACAGACAUCCGCAGAAAUCCGUAAGGAUGGUGCUAGUGGUGGGCGGGGUGGUCCUGCAGGAGGAAAUACCCGCGGACAGCAGAUCUUUGUACGCGGCCCACCCGGUAUACCGCGAGAGCGCGGCCCAGCUGCACUCGAUGCUGGUGAAACUCGUGGGCCCGGUGGGCCUCCUCUACGUCCAGCAACGAGAAAUGGCUGCGACUCUGCCGCAAGACAAGAACGUGAACAUCCUCGGUUCGGACGAUAUGACCACGUGCAUAAUCGUUGUCGUCAGGCAUUCCGGUUCAGGCGCCGCAGCAUUGGCGCAUCUUGACGGCUCUGGAACAGAAGAUGCUGCAGUGGCGAUGAUCCAGAGGGUAACGGAACUCACCCUUGGAUAUCCCGAAGGUCGGCUGGAAUUGCAGUUGGUCGGUGGUUACUCCGACCCGAGAAACUAUUCCGAGGAAUUAUUUUACACUAUACUUUCUGCAUUUCACAAGCAACCGGUGGAGAUCGACCUGACGUUAUGCUGUGUGGGCGAGUUGAAUACCACUGUGAAAGCUGGGAUUCAUUGGCCGGUGAUCUACGGCAUCGGGCUGAACGUGAAGACAGGCGAGAUCUUUCCCGCGUCUUUCCCCGAUAAAGGCCCGGAUCAGGCGCUGCGGUGCGCCAGACAAUUGACCGGGGGUCAGCAGGUUCUGGAUAUAUACGAUUGCGGUCUUGGAUUACUUAGAAUCGGUCCGUUUAAUUAUGAUCCUUUGCGAGGUGUGGAUCUCUGGUUGGCGCAAUCCGAUCAAUUCAUUCUGCAACACUUGUCAACGUCACCGGAAGUAGAACAACCACAUUUCGUCUCACAAGUACGGGCAACACUCAAGUACAUUCAGGACAAUCAAUUUCCUGCCGUCACCGUCUUCCGAGAUAAUAAACCUCAUUACUAUCGCCGAGAUGAAAUCACUGGUGUCUGGCAACCAAUGCGAUACUAAUCUUAACAAAUCGCAGAUUCGAUUAAGGCUUGCGUGGAAGUUGUUCGCGAAAUUUUCGAGUGACGCAAAGUAUAAUCAAAUUGCGGAUUAACGAAGUAUGCAGAGUCAAAGGAAUUUAAAUCAAUUACUGAAACGUGAAACUGCGUCUUUUGAAAAUCGCAGUACCGUCGAGUUCUGCAUACCGCAGAAUUGGUGCCCUAAUAAAAUCGUUUUAAAAAAAUCGAUCUGCAUUUAUAAUUGAUGAGAAAAAUACGAAAUUGGCAUAUAAUUGCAGCUUUUGUCGGCCGGCAAUUAUUUGUGUUCAAUAAAAAAGACGUCCGAGCGGGAAAAAAUCGUGAGAAUAUAGAUUAAAACAGUCAUAAUUAGCGCACAGAUUGAUGCCUUAAUGUCUGUUCACAGUGGAAAAUAUCUCGUAAACCACAUUGAAAACGAGAUGCAGAUUAGCCUUUGAAUAUACAUUGCCAAGUAUAUACAAUUUGUAAUAUUUACAAAUUAAAUUCAAAGAAUAGAGCUUAUAACUCUGUUAUCAUAGAGUAUAAGCCAAGAAAAUAAAUUAAAAUAAAAAUAACUUUGGGAAACAAUUUUCCGAAAAUUUUAAUACGCAUUAUUCGGCACUGAGAUUAUGUGUGUGUGCAUAUACUUAUAAUAACGCAUAUUUUUCUUUAAAUAUCUUUUAUAUUGGAAAAUUAUUUUUAAAAUAAUAUUGAGGGAUAUUUUUUCUAUCAUGUAAUUACAGCAGGAUAUUUUAAGUCAAAUCAUUAUAUGAAUUGCAUCGCGAUCAAAAUUGCUUUUAGAUAAAUUCAUAUAAAGAUUUUUUUUAAUUAUCCGCAAAUUAUCAUCAAAAAUUUCUAAAAUCGUAUCCGGGUAUUUUGCUUGCCAGGUGACAAUUCUUUUAUAAUUCAAAAUUUGUAAAACGAUAUACGACUUUACAAAAUCUUACGAAGAAGAAAAGAAACCAAAAAGAUAAUUUUAUAAAGCAUGCACACAUAAAAAUAUAUUCUUUUCUCUUCUAGCAUUUUUUGGAUAUAUUUAUAUAAAAAGCAAUAUUCGCGGAUAUAACAUGCAAAGCGCUUCAAUCGUGAAUAAGCUUGUAUGUAUUAAUAUGUUGGCAUUGUUGAAUUUCUUUUUUGAUAGAUGCUUAUGUUAUGUAUAUGGAUAAUGAUUGAAUUCGAUUCGUUGUUACAAAA